CAUCUCAGCUCCAGUCUCUAGUACAGCAGAAUAAUUCUACACUGUACCUCGUUUUCUAAGUGACACAUAUAUUUCAAUGUUUUGAUAGAUCAUAGAUAUCACUAGUGUUAAGAAACUAUUUAUUUAUUUCUAGCUUAUAAUUAUAAGAUACAACUAUGGACCAAUUAUGCGAAGAGCAGCAUCUUGACAUAACAAUUGAUGAAAGUGAAAUUGUUGAUGGUGCUAAAGAAAUAAUUAAGAAAAUCAGACCAACAUGGCCUUUGGAUAAAUUGCAUUUUAAGAUAUUUACAGAUGGAAUCACAAAUAAACUUAUAGGAGUAUGGUAUUCUGAGCAUUACAAUGAGAUGGUAUUAGUUAGAGUUUAUGGACAUAAGACAGAUCUGCUCAUUGAUCGGAAAGAUGAAACAAGAAAUAUUCGAGUAUUACACAAAGCAGGUUUUACACAUUCCAUUUAUGCUACAUUCAAUAAUGGUUUAGCUUACCAGUUCAUUGAAGGUAAUAUACUUACAAUAGAAACAGUCAGAAACUCUGACAUAUAUGUAUUAGUUGCUAAGAGAAUGGCUCAAAUGCAUAGACUUAAACCUGAUGAUACUGAGAUGCCCAAAAAUGCUUGUAUUUGGAAGAAGUUAGAAAAAUUUAUGGAAAUUAUGCCAAAAGAAUUUUUAGAUGUUAGCAAACAAACAAGGUUUGAGAAGCUCAUAAAGCCAUUUGGUGUGUUAAAACAGGAAUAUGAAGCAUUGAAAAAGGAAUUGAUAAAUUUGAAUAAUGAAGUAGUGUUUGCUCAUAAUGAUUUACUUCUAGGGAAUGUGCUUUAUAAUGAAAAGGAAAUGUCAGUAACGUUUAUUGACUUUGAAUAUACAGGAUAUAACUAUCAAGCUUAUGACAUAGCUAAUCAUUUUGCUGAAUUUGCUGGUAUUGAUGAUCCUGAUUAUUCACUAUAUCCUGAAGAACAACUGCAGAAAGCGUGGUUAAAUAUAUAUCUUCAGGAAUAUAACAAUGUAAAAUGUGUACCUGAAAAUGAAAUUAAUUUACUGUAUUUACAAGUAAAUAAAUUUGUUCUUUUAUCACACUUUUUUUGGGGUUGUUGGGGACUCAUACAAAGUGAACAUUCAACAAUUGACUUUGACUUUUUAGAGUAUGCUGCAAUACGAUUUAAUGAGUAUUUCAAAUGGAAAGAAGAAUGUCUUAAGAUAAAAUUAUAAAAUUAAAACUAAUUUGUUAUAUUUUUA